AUGAGAGGCAUCACCUAUUUCAGGAUAUUUAAAAAUACAAGAUACAUGGUAAAUCUGAUUACUCAAGUAAUAAAAGACAUCACUUCAUUCUUUAUCCUCCUUUUCUAUUCCACCCUUGCUUUUGCAUUUAUUUUCUUAGUCAUGGAUAAAGAAGAUCCUAAAUUAAUUGACUAUAUAAAAAUAUCAUAUAGGCUAGACCUUGGUGAUUUUGACCCUACUGGAUUUACCUCAAUGCAAUGGGUCUGCUUGUUUUUAGCUACUAUGACAAAUAUGAUUAUCAUGCUAAACCUCUUGAUCUCAAUCAUGGGCGACACUUUUGGAAAAGUCCAAGAAAAUGCCGAAAUUGCAGACAGAAAAGAAUUACUAGGGAUGAUCAGUGAAAUAGAAACAUUGAUGUUUUGGAAGAAAAAAUGCACUGAAAGAUCUUAUUUCCAAGUACUUACUGGUGAAGAAUCUGAAGAAACAGAAAAAAAUAUUAGCACCAGAGUGACAGUUAUCAAGAAAAAUAUAAAAAGAAACCACUUGCAGACUCUAAAAAGGAUGGACAGCCUUGAAGAAAUGUUGAAGAAGAUAUGGACUAAGUUAGAAGGAGACAAGAAAGAAGAGGAAAUUGAAGAGUCAUCUGAUGAAGAAAGCGGUGAAGAAAGCGGAGAACAAAGUGGAGAAGAAGAAGAUUAA